UGCGCGGCUCACGUGACAGUCGACCGCGCGCGUGGUUAUUUCGGCGAGCGCCCGAAAGAUGUCGCGGUUUGAUCGCGCGGCGGCGGCUGGCUUCAAACACCUGACGGCGGCGUAGCAGUGCGGCAUGGACUGGUGCGGUGGGUGCACACUUCUCUCAAAACAAGUAGCACGAGCUACCGGUUGACAGCGACGGCAAUUCCCCUCCCUUCCCGUCAACCCUUCCUGCCCUCGUCACUGUCGUUCGCGCGUUCGAAAUAUAACAGUGCCGAUUACAAGUAACGCGUACGCGAUCAUCUUUCAUUCGACCGGCGGCGAAGUUCACAUGGAGCACCGACGCCGAACGACAUCGACGUUCGCGUUUCGAAGUCGUCAUCCUUUCGAAGUCAUUUCGUCCGGGAGUGCGCCCGCGUCCGGUCGCGAGUUUUUCGGAUAAAGUACACGCGUCUAUUGUAAUUGGAUAUAUCUGACUCGUGAAAUCGAAAAAAAAUGUGAUCGCGAUACGACACGCGGUGACCGCGGUGCGACGACCGGGCUCGAGUGCGGAAAAGUGUUUGUGUUGAAAAAUGACGCUCAUCGGCUGGACAUCGGUGAGGACAGUGUUACUGACGUCGUUGCUACUGACUUCCGCGGUGCUGGUGGUGUUGGCGCGCGCCGAGGAUGACGCGACCUUGGAGGACGACCUGGAAUCCCUUUCGGCGUCUAACGAGCGGCCGCGUCUUGAUACAGGUACGUUGACCACGAAUGUUGCCGCGCGCGGCGCAAAACGGCGUUGGAAGCGUGAGAAGAUCGAGGAUCGCCGGAAGUAUGACGCAUCGGUUGCAGAUCAUCGUCAAGGGCGCGCAUCUUUACAUGCAGAAUUGUUAUCGUCGAAAACUAAACGCGAGCAGGCGCUACGUAAUAUCCUGGCUGCCAGGAGGCGACAGAUCUUGAAUCAACGCUCACAUGAGCCAUCUCGGAUUUUUUUAAAUCGUACACCGCGACCCAAUACCACCUCGAAAGAUCCUCCGGAUAUUCUCGAAACCCAGGAGACCAAGCACAACAUUUACGUUACUAGCGCGCAAACCGAAGCGUCGGUGGACGAGAAGACUCCGCAAUCAUCGAGGAAGAACAGCGAGAAAAAAGCUGUUUCCGCGAUCGAUCUCGAUUCGACGGAACUUGAAGUCGAACAGCAGACGCCAAAGAUGACAAAAAGCGAAACUCCGUCCACGUCGACGACCGAGAAGUACGAGAGCGCCUCUUCAACGUCGUCUUUGAUCGUUACGACGUCGACUAUGUCCACUAAUCAAAAAUCAGGAGACGCGGACACGCGUAAGAAGAAUAUCGUGUCAAUGCCGGAAUCGCUGUACAAACACUUCCGGCCGGUGGAGAGUAACAUCCCGAUGGAAGAUAUGUCGCAGUUUUUGUAUUUUGGACAGAAACUUCAACCGGACGCGCAGAACGUCACCAGCCACAGUAACAACAAUUCCGUAGAGACGACAUCCACGGUACCGACCUCAUCGCGCCGAAGAUACUCUUCGAAGAGAUACAGCGCGAUGAUAGCCGCGCCGAUUGAGGAGAUCAUGAACGACGAGAUGAACAUUGCCUUGGAACGUCGGACGGUUGAGAAGAAUCAGGUUUCACGGAUCAAGAACACGUUUAGGAAUCCGGGUAGUGGAUUGUACUACCGGAAGCCGAGGCCCACGGCGGACGUUGUGUCCAACGUCAUCUCGAGCAAUGAGUCGAGCCCGGUAGAUAGCGGAUCGGAUACGAGGAGCGAGAUGAAUACGGUGGACGAUAAGCUCCGUCGUAGCGAUCCGUCCAUUAAUACAGGAGCUCGGGUCCCGCGAGAGAGAGGAAACGGCGCUAUCCACGUGGUCAAGGCGAGCACGACGACCCAGAUACCGCAACAACGUCAUGACGACGCCGAAGCGAGCGUCGCGGAGAGUGAAAUCAAUGUGAAAUUCGCGAACGAAACUGUCGCGGCCACGAACGGCGUCAUUGCCGUGAGUCUCGAGAAAAUGACGAACGAUUUCGCGAAGGACGACGAUGAGAAGAAAGUCGUCGAAGCACAAAUGGAAACGACAAGCGCCGUGAAAUCGGAGGACAAACUAACGAAUGUCGUCGAGAAAGUAAUCUCUCCGUCGCCGGCGAGAACGAAUUCGAGGUCCCGCGACAUCAACAAUAUCGAGGCAUCUUCGCCAAGAACGGAAUCGUCGACGCUGCGAAUCGUGGUGCCGGAUGACAGCUUCGGGCUCUCGAGUUUCGCGAUCGAGAGCGAGCGGGCGCAACGAAAUACCGUUAAACAGCAACCGGUCCUCGCGGAUCGACCGGUUCGCGUGUCGGUCAAUGACGAUACCGCUUCGAAAUCGACGCCAUUGUCGACGUCCUCGACAUCGUCGACGACGGAGUCGUCCGCACCUGUUGUCGUCGUCGACUCGAGUCAGCAGCAGCCGCAGCAGCAACACGUGUACGCUUACACGAUAACGAACGUGACGCGAUUGUUGCGCAACUACACCGGGCCCGGGUUAAACGGUGAGGAGAGGCGAGGAGGAGGGGAAGAAGAAGGUGGUGGUGCCGCCGGUCCUGGUAGCGGUGCAGAGAUAACGAGCGAUGGACCGUCUCAGCAGCAGCAACCGCCGCCGCCGCCGCCGCUGCCGCCGUCUUCUCCUCUUCUGCUUCCUCGUGUCGGCGCAGCCAGUAUAGAACUGGCGCGAACGCCGGCGGGACUCAGUACCGGCGCGACCGUCGAGCCAGCCGUAGCUGUUGAAUCAUCGCCCGGUGUUGUUGUCGAUACCUUGGUGGGGGAACGACCGAGGAAAGUCAUCCCGCAACAGCAGCAACGCGCUUACAGUCAACGAGCGAUCUGGUCCUCGCCGCAUCCAGCUGCAAACGAUAGCGUUAUCUCGACAACGAGACCCGUAAAGUCGCCCGAGACCGGGAAGAGGGGACUGGUCAGGUGGAACCAGGUCAAGUCGCGCACCAGCGAGCAAGAGGGUGCUAAUGACCGGAGAUUCUUGAGGAAGAGCGCGAGCGCGGUGCUGAAUCAGAGAACGACUGUUAAUGAAGAGUCUUCGUCCCUGGUGACAAGCAAGGGUCGUAGGGUAUCAUCUUCUGAGAGCGGCUUGUCCACAAGGAAUGAUAGCAGGACAAACUCCAGUAAUCAAGAGAAGAUCGAGAAUGCUACAGAAGAUUUAACGGUGGACGAAACGGUUACGAGUCGCGGCAACGAUUCGGAUGAUGAAGUGUUGGGUUCUCCUCGGGAAAUCGCGCGUGUCAGCGGCAGGGUGAACGAAGUGCCGGCUGACGGAAGCUCGCCGGAAGCCACGGUCAUGGGCAACUUAAGUCGAAAUUCAAGCGCAACCGAUGAGACGAUGAACGCGACCGAUCCGUCCGUUCUCGUCGACGCGAUCGCGAUGACGGAAGCGGAUAAGUCCGAUGUUCUUGCAGGGGAUGUCGUUAGCACGCCGAGUGUGAACGACGAAGACAAUAUCGGGAGUGAAGAUUAUCAGAGUGUCGUGAUGUCGAACAAGAGCAACGACAGUGACGCGAACGUAACGACAGACAGUGUUGUUGCGACGACCGUGAUAGUGACCGAGCGAAUCGAUGAAACGGUCACGAAGACGACGACAACGACGACGACAACUACAACGCCGGCGGCACCGGUUUUCCCGGUCACUCCUAGGAUAUUAACGGAAGGGGAGAGGACCACGGUGCAUCCGAAAGCUUUUAUGGACGCCAGAACGAAGGCGCCGGAAGCGAGUAAUCUGGACCCCUCGGAAAUCCAGAAGAGAUACCGGGCCAAAGACGCGACGACAUCAACGACGACGACGACGACAAUGUUUUCGCCGAUUCAGAAUGACACUCGUUCUGUGGACGAUGCUCCAAGCAGAAAAUCGGAGGUCUUAUCUACGUCGUCGACGCCUGCAGACAACGAAAAACGCAUGUCAGGUGAGAGAUCGCCGGAGGUCCGUGCGCGUAAUCUAUCGGACAAAUCGAAGGAUAAGGACGAUGUGUUGCCGAUCAUGCAUCUAUACAACACGUCGGACAUCUUUAACGGCAGCAGACCGGUGGAAGGAUUUGUUCGCGGUACGGAACGGACGCGAGUGGUACUUCCGGUGGAUCUUAAACCGCAGGACGAAAAGAGUUCUGCGAGGACGACGAUAACGACGACGACGACAACGACAGAGAAGACGAAUCAGUCGACCACAUUUGUCACUAGCACGACGGAAAUCAGUGGAAGUACAUCAACCACUAUUCCAGUUCCGAAACUUAGAGAGCCUACCACAAGUACGACGGGCUCGCGGAAAGAUAAACACGAGGAGAAUCGCGGCUCCCAGGACACUACCGUCCCUCCAGUCACGUCUAGAGGAUCUUCCUUCGCGGUCAACAGGACGAGGUAUAGGCCCACCUAUCAUCACUCGAUUCUGCCGGAAUACAACGGCACGAUAUACCAUCCCGCCGAGCUCAACAGGACGUUCUUCGAAGUCGGCGGACCGAUCUCGGUGAGCCCGCGGGAGCCGAUGAACAUCAGUGACGUGAUAUCGAAGCGGCACGAUGGCAACGCGAUCGCCACUCAGGAGACGGUUGCCGUGGUCAGCUAUAUCCUGGCCACCCUCGUUGUCUUUCCUAUUGCCGUCGGUUUCGGGCUCAUUCUCAGAAGACUGAUACUUAGGAAUCGUAAGGUGCUCGAAGAGUCGGACACGUCAUCGGAGAUAAGCUGCAGGAAGGACGCUCUUAAUCUCGAAAACGGCGACUUCAAGACCUCCAUCGAGAAAGCGAUCACGAAGCUACCGAGGAUACAACACUUGUGUCACGAAGCUGAGAAAUCGCCGCCUCCGCCGUCUCAAGAAUCCAGAUGGGAGUUUCCUAGAGAUAAGCUUAGGUUACAGACAGUUCUCGGACAAGGAAACUUCGGUCAGGUGUGGAAAGCCGAAGCCGAUGAUUUGACAGGUCAUCAGGGCACGACUCGACUAGUGGCGGUGAAAACCAUCAAAGAAGGUGCUUCCGAUCGUGAAAAGGAAGACUUGGAUCGAGAACUUGAAAUUAUGAAACAAUUAGGCAGUCAUCCGAACGUCGUAACACUUUUGGGCUGUUGCACCGAGGAAGAGCCUCAUUAUCUCAUACUCGAGUACGUCAUGUACGGUAAACUGCUCGCAUAUCUGCGUGAUCACCGCACGAGACAGUACUUCUACAACUUUAGCGAGGACUCAGCAGCCUUGACAUCCAGAGAUCUCACGGUUUUCGGAUAUUGCGUGGCUAGAGGCAUGGAAUAUCUCGCGUCAAAGAAGAUCAUCCACCGCGAUCUCGCCGCCCGAAAUGUCCUCGUGGAUCACAACAAGCUGUGCAAGAUUGCCGACUUCGGCAUGUCGAGGUUUGCCAACGAAGACGGCGAGGUGAUCGAGACUAGGCACGGGAGGAACGCCUUGCCGAUUCGAUGGAUGGCCCCUGAAUCAUUGAUCUAUUCUCUUUUUACGACGAAGACCGAUGUCUGGAGUUUCGGGAUUCUGAUGUGGGAAAUCGUCACUCUAGGUUCAACACCGUACCCGGAUAUGACGGCGCGGGAAGUCAUGCGGAACGUGCACAACGGUUAUCGUCUAGAGAGGCCUUCGCACUGUCGAAGCGAGCUCUUCAGGGUGAUAUCCCGAUGUUGGCACGCCGAUCCUGACCGCAGGCCGGAAUUCCAGACCCUACGCAGGGAUCUCGCUCAGCUACUGGAGGACAACAUGAACGGACACUACGUGGACCUUGAGAGUUUCGCUUCCGAGUGCACUGACUAAGAUAGAGAGAAAGAAAGAAGGCGGAAAAAAUCGGGCACGUUGAAUUAAUCAAAUUCUAAGAAAUUUGAAAUGUCUUAUCUUCGACUUUUAAAAUUUAUCGAAAUUUUGUACGAGAUGUAUUCGUAUAGUUAAGUGCGUUAAAUAAUUGAAAUACGUUUAGAGGAAAUUUUCAAACUGCUAGUUGAGGAAUGACGGAAGAUAAAAUAUCAGUUAAAUUGAAUGAUUCGUCGACAUGCGUGUAAGAAUGGCAGUCCGUCCACAAAUUUCUAAAUUCCAGUAUGUUUGCAUGAGUCUCGAUGUCGCUGUGCAUUUAUAAAGUGUCAUGGUGCGACGCACGGUAUAUUAUGUAUUUAGAAAUGAAUCUUUCUUGUUAGAUGCUUCUACGAAACAUUGAAGCAUACGUAUAAUUAACGAUGCUACUUUCCUCUGGCUGAAGCACAAGUAGGAUGCAGAACGCAAAACAUUGUAAUAUGCGUGAUGCUGUGAUAAAUGACGAAAAUAAAAAAAAAAUCAUAAUCAACAUAUUAAAGCGCAACGGGAGUUUAUAAAAACCGCAAGGUGUGUAAGUAUUUUAUUUAGUAUAGUAUUGCGUAAAUAGUAUCCUUAAUUAGUUACACGCGUCAUUUGUCAAUUCUUCGAUAUAUUUGUAUCUUUUUAAUUUUAUUUAUAAAUGAAAAAUGUUCUAUUGAACGAAAAUAAUCAGUGCACACAUGUAUUCGCACACAUUUUGAAAGAGAUUAUGCUCUAUUGCGUAAUAUUCAAUAUAAAUUAUUUUCCAAUCUUAUCAUAGGGAAAAAAAUUCGAAUGUUGUUCGUAAAAUAAUAGCGGAUAUUAUUUUUUAUAUAUGUCUGCCUUGAUAUUUAUUUGUUAUUCCGAACCAUGAUUAUUCAUUUAAAAUGUACGAAGAAAAAUGCAGUUUACAGAAAAACUUAAUUCUCCUUGUUACAUUUUGAAAACACAACGAGAUUCAAUUCUGCGUCGUAACAUUUGUAUAUAUUGUAUUCCUCGCGCUAUUAUAUAUGUAUUACAUAGAUAUAUAAAUACAAACAUUAUAUAUUCGCCGGGAAUCAAAAAGGAUGUCGAACCGCAUCAUAUCGUUGUAACAAUGUAAUAAUAAUUAUCACUAUUAAUCGUUGUUAAAGGUAUAUAUAUCUUACGUUUCCAAUCGCGCCCGGCGUGUUUAUUCUUAAUCAUUCUAGUCUUUCGCGACGCGUUCUGGGGCGGCGAUUGGUUAUUGAUUAUAUCGCACGCCAUUAUUUUUAUUCUCCGCUUCGAUGAACGGUGCGAAUUCGCUCAAAAAAUUAUGAUACCAGCGAUAUAUUAUAAAAUAUUUUGCAGCCGCUUUAGAGAACCGAUUAAAGCCCCACCACUGUCAGUUGAUUAUUUUAUUAGCUAUUUUUAUUUUACUGUCUCUUUUCUACGAUGUCGUUUCUACUUUUUGAAACGUCUCGUCUGUCGUUAUUACUCGGGAUCAUCGUUUUCGAGUAUAUUGCAUUUUAGGCGUUACUCUCACGAAAAAAUGAUUGCGACCAACAACACUGUAUGUAGACUCGAUUGUAUUAAGAACUUUUGUCAGUAAACGUUGUGAGAAAAUUUCAAUCGCGUACAUAUUUCAUUGAUUAAAUCGAAUUUGUGUGGGAGUUUAGCGUAUAAUAACUUACGCAGACGCUCGUCUUUUAAAACAUGACAAAGGUAUGAUAUAAAU